AUGAGCGUGCCGACCGGAGCCGAGGCGGGCGCGCCCGCGAACCUAGUGGCGAUCACGUCGCCUGACAUGUUUACUGGCCUGAUGCAGGAGGACCUGAACCGCGUGACGGUGCUCAACUUCUGGGCGCCGUGGGCGCAGCCGUGCGAGCCGAUGAUCGCGGCGGUCGCGCAGAUGGCGCCUAGGUACCCCCACGUGCUGUUCAUGUCCAUCGAGGCGGAGGAGCAGCCGGACGUCUCCGAGUCGUUCGACAUCGAGGCGGUGCCGACCGUCGUCCUGCUGCGUGGCCACACCCUGCUCGCCAAGCUGACCGGCGGGCAGGUGCAGGCCCCGGUGGACGACCCUGCGCGGCCGCAUGCGCUCCCUGCGCACCUGCAGGGCGCGCAGGAGGCGCCGGCGGACACGGAGCGCCGGUGCCGCGAGCUCAUGACGCGCUCCAAGGUCAUGCUCUUUAUGAAGGGCCAGCCCAACAUGCCGCGCUGCGGCUUCAGCCAGAAGACGGUGGCGCUUCUGCGCGAACAGCACGUCGACUUUGAUUUCUACGACAUCCUCUCGGACGAACAUGUGCGCCAGACCCUCAAGGUGCUCAACGACUGGCCGACGUUCCCCCAGAUCAUCGUCCAUGGCGAGCUCAUCGGCGGCCUCGACAUCCUCAAGGAGAUGAUCGCCUCGGGCGAGUUCCAGGCCCUCGUAGGCGCCGCGGCCCCGUAG